GCCUUGGUAGAAUCUGGACAUCCCUGGAUGCUAGCAUCUGCACCUUAUACCAGUUGCAGCUGUAGGAACCCCUUCUAGAGGUGGUGAGGACAUGGGUAAAAGAAUCACCAUUUACUGAGUACCUGUCAGGGGCUACAUCAGCUCAGGACCCUUGAAAUGACCUCACCUUUUUAUUGUGUUCAGUGCUGUGCUGUCCUAUUGCCUCUAUUAUCAGGGAGUUGCCACCUACCCCUUUCAGUCCUUGGUUCACCACAGUUCUAACUACUGUCUCAGGGUUUCUGUGUCUGGGACUCUUUAGCUAUCGCUCAGAGUUUCCAUCCCAGGCUCUUUUUCCUGGUGUCUUGUGGGCUGUAUUGUUCCCUCUACACAUCACAAGGCCAGACAUGGGAUGUUUUUCCACUCCCUGGUCCUGCUGGGAAAAGGCUAGUGGAUUCCCUACAGCCCCCACCACUUCUACACUGUCAUUAAAGUUAGCAUGACUGGUCUGGGGAUGUAGCUCAGUGGUAGAGCCUAUUGGCCUAGCAUGUUUGAGGCCCUGGGUUCCAUCCCCAGCACACACACAUACAAAACAACAACAAUUAAAAAAUUAAUGUGGUCAUUAGCCUUCUACUUCCUGGAAAUUGCAACCUAGGCUCUUGGUACUCAAAAAACUUAUAUGACAGUAAAGCCAUGGGGGCCUGACAGGCAGCAGGGAUGUUGCAGCAUGACUCACCCGGAAACAGAGAAGGCAGGAUUACUACUCUGAGACCUGGUGGAGCUGUAGGUAAGAAAGCACCAUUUGUAACCUAUAAGAAGCCAGAUAAAUAUGAGUCUAGAACACACCUUCCUUCUUCUGUGACUGUGCAUUACGCAUUAUCCCCCUGUUCAGUGCUCUACCCAUUCCCUGCUGGUCUGACCAAGCCCCUCUCAUCUAUCAAAGCUCUGUUGACCCAUUCCUUCUCUGUGAAGUUGUUACUGAAAUGCCCCCCUACCCACUUCAGGCCAAAUUAACUAGAGCUUCCUUUGGGCUCCUGUGUAUAUAAAAGUAACUCCUGCCAGAGACCACUGGACCUCAGACUCAGACUUGCCUGGGAACCCUGACCUCUAGCCCCCAGUGUGGCAUUUAGAUGUACUCAGGUCAUUUCAAGGAAUGGAAUCAGAGCUAAGGAUGAAGACAGCACAGCAUCUUCCACCAUUAGGGUCUGUCUGAGCACAGAUUGCUGUGCCAAGGCCAUGUUCUACCCUCUUUCCAGAUGUGUCCCCAUUCCCCAUUGCUGCUUGGCACAAUGGCAGGCACCACUGUCCCCAAGAUACAGAUGGGGCAAGGCCAGGAAGCAGUUGGCAUCUCCUCCCCAAACCCCAGGGGUUUGGGAUACCUUUCCUGCAUCUGAAAUAAGAAAAGGUCUCUUAUCUUCCUGCAUAUGCUGUGAAUACAAUACCUUUUAAAUAACUCCAUAUUCAUGCAAAUGUAAACUUAUCUUUUCAACACCCUUUUUUCUUAAAUUAAUGCCUGCCUCUAAUUUUGAACUUGGAAAUUAGCACAGAGACCUCAUCCCAAGUCUCCCUUGUCAUAAAAGUAGGUCAGCCUGUGGGAGAAGCCCCUGACUACACUCAGGAGGCUACACUGUGCAUCUUUCCUGCCCUGCUCACCCUGUGGCUGUGGAGGGCCUUGACUUCUUGGGGUCUCAGCUGUGUCAUCUGUAAAGAUUCUAGAGCACUUGAUAUAAGGUAGUUGCUCACCCAGAACUUCCAGGCACUCAGAAUAUACCUUAUAUGUAGCCAGGCUGGCCUCCCUGAGUUCCCUGAUCAAGUUCGGGGAACAACCAGGCAGAAGGGCUGCCACCAGGAGGCUCCUAAGAGGCACAUGAGCUGAGCUGGGGGCCAGGGAGGGCUUCUUGGAGACAGUGGCCACUGAGUUGUCAUUGAAGCUGACCCAGCAGCAGAUUCAGAGACUCUCCAAGUUCCUGAUGCCUGGGCCGCUUUCCCAGAGACUGAAGCUGCCAGUUGUGUGGUGUGAGGGCACACUAGCCCAUCUUGAUCCUGGCCCACCAUGGCAUCUCUGCCUACAGGCUCCUGCUGCUACUUCAGAGCUGCGCCAGCUACCUGGAGAACCUUGGCUCAGAAAAGGGCAAAACAAGGAGAGACUCCCAUCUCUAAGCCCACAGCCAAGGGAGAGCCAGCCAGGAGUCCUGAAUGUAUGACUGCCAAGUUCAUCAAGCCUCCCUCCCCAACAUCAGGCUUGACCCAUACCUACCAAGGGCCACAGAGAAUCCCUGUCAGAGUCUCCUUGAGGUAUCCAGCUGGGACAUCCAAGAACACCAAAAGCGUCCAGUCCCAGACCAUCGAGACAGCGCUGGUACCCUGUGAUGCAUGUACCAGUGUCCAGGGCAGCCUUUGGGAAGUGGGCAAAGUGGUCAUCAGCCUGUGUCAGAGCCAGAACUUGCCCUCAUCCUUGGGUCAGUUCCAGCAGCUGGUACAGGACAGCAUGGGGCUCAGGCCACUACCAGCUGCCACCAUGGGCCACUGGGCAACAGAGCAGAGCAAAGACCUGGCACGCCUCAGUAAGCAUGUGAGCACUCUCACUCAGCUUGUUGGGCCCCUUAGGGCCCAACUGGAGGAGGCUGAGGGACAGAAGGAUGGACUGAGGAAGCAGGUGGGCAAGCUGGAGCAUGCCCUGAAGCAGGAGCAGGGCGAGCGGCAGCGGCGGACAGAAGAGGCUGAGCAGCACAUGGCCCAGCAGGAGUGUGACAGGCAGCAUUUACUUGCAGAAACAUGUGACCUAAAAACAAAGGUGGCCACCCUAGAGGAGGAGCUGAAGCAGCAACAGGAGUCCAUGCAGGCAAUGGAAGCAAAGACCCAGCAGCUGCAGGAGGAAAGUGAGCGCAGGGCAGUGGCUGAAAGGCAGGUGCAGCAGCUGGAGGAGCAGGUACAGCUGCUGGCAGGGCGGCUGGACAGUGCUGGCCAGCAGAUCCGCUGGGCCAGCACAGAGCUGGACAAGGAGAAGGCCCGUGUCGACAGCAUGGUUCGCCAUCAGGAGUCCCUGCAAGCCAAACAGCGAGCCCUGCUACAGCAGCUGGACAUCCUGGACCAGGAGCGUGAGGAGCUACGGGGCAGUCUGGAGGAGGCCGAGGCCCAACGAGCCCAGGUGGAGGAGCAGCUACAGAACCUGCAGAGCCAGAGGGAGCAGGAACAGUGCCAGCUCCAGGCCCAGCAGGAGCUACUGCAGAGCCUGCAGCGGGAGAAGCAGGACAUGGAGCAGGUGACAACAGAUCUACGACUGACCAUCUCAGAACUGCAACGGGAGUUGGCGGAGCUGAGGGAGCGAGAGCGGUUGCUGGUGGCCUUUCCUGACCUACACAAGCCCAUGGAGGCCCAGAUCCCAAACUCUGGCAACGUCACAGAUGACAUGGAGAGGCAGGUGCAGGCCAAUGACAUCCGCAUCCGGGUCCUGCAGGAGGAGAAUGGGCGGCUCCAGUCAAUGCUGUCCAAAAUCCAUGAGGUGGCCCAGCAGGGGGCCCUCAAGAUGAUUCCACAGGACCAGCUCUGGUCCCCUCCCAGCAAGGGAACCCAAGGAGCAGCAUCCCGGGCCCAGGCCCAGAGUACAUCCCCAGGGCCUCUAGGCAGGUGGCACCCUCCUGGCAGCAGGACAAGCAGUGCAGGCAGGACUCUGCCAGGCCAGUCUCGAGCAUCCCCACCUCGGCAGUCCUCCACCUGGCCCAACAAAUCCUCCCUAGAGGACAUGACCCACUCUGCCAUCUGUACCCAGAACCCCAUCCGGACCUUGGCCAAGCUGAGGAGGAGACUGUCACCAAGCCGGGGCCAGGCGGGUACUGCAAACCAGCCCCAGGAACCACCCUUGUAGGCUGUGGUAGAGGUAGGGAUAGAGGACAAGUAGCUGGCAACUCCCAAUGAAAUAAAGGCUCAGCCAUCUAACCAAGAUGAUCUUGGCCUCACAGAA